CCAGUUUGCUCCGCGGAGCCGUCGCGGUAACACGUCCACUCAACAUGAUCACUUUGAUAACAUAGUUGAGGACCUAUAUUAGUCAGUUAAACCUUUAAUUAAGCAGUGCUAUAACAUAUAUUUUUGGACGACAUAAUAUUUGUAACAAAUUGAUGUAGGUUAGGUAGUUUCUUACAAACAUAACCUUUGUAAUUAAAAUUGGUGGUUGAACUGAGUUCACGCAACCAAGAACGAGAAAUGGAUUCCGAAGCGAAACUCAACAAAUACGUCGGGCAGUUUGGAAGAUACCAAAUUUGCAACUUAUUGUUGCUAUCGCUUGUGGGAAUUUCGUGUGGUUUUAUGGCUGGUGACUACAUAUUCACAGGAAGCAGUUUACCACACAGAUGUGCUAUACCUGAAUGUGAAGAUUCUGAAGCCGACUUUAUGCCAGAUUGGUUGUCUAAUGCCAUACCGAUUACGAAGAAUGGAUUUGAUAAAUGUCUACGGUAUCCCUCAGCAAGAAACCAUUCAGUGAAUUUAGAGGCUUUUAAUGAAAGUUGCCCAGCUGGAUUGUUUGAUACAAGUAGGACUGUUCCAUGUGAGUCUUACGUAUAUGGUAGAAACAACUCGGUGGUGUUUGAGUUCGAUCUGCCGUGUCAGGAGUGGCUGCGCGCGCUGCCCGGCACGCUCAACAGCCUCGGCGGCAUGGUGGUGCUGCCUCUAGCAGGAUACGUCUCAGACCAUUUUGGGCGGCGAGCAUCUAUUGUUAUAUUCUCACUAAACAGCGCUGCGCUGGGAUUGUUGCGUGCUUUCUCUGUAAACUACGCGAUGUACGUCGCUUUACAAUUCCUACAGGUUGCGUUGGGAGGAGGUGGAUUCAGCGCUGCUUACAUUUUAGCCACUGAAAUGGUCGGCCCGAAGUUUCGCGUGCCAACAAGCGCAUUUAUGUCGACAUCAUUCGCGCUGGGUCAAACAAUCAUGGGUCUGAUUGCUAUGUCAGUUUACGACUGGCGAAAACUGACCAUGGUGCUAUACGCGCCUAUGUUUGUACUGGUGACAUAUCGUUUUAUUAUACCUGAGAGCCAUCGUUGGCUUCGCAGUAAAAAUAAACAUAAAGAAGCUAAUGAAACUAUUCAAAGAGCCGCUCGUAUAAACGGUCGUGACAUAAGAGAUAAAUCAAUGAAUAAUUUGCUGUUUGAACUCAAUGAAAAAAGAUCCGACCCGGUCGUGAAUAAGAAAACGUUAAAAGAAGAGCCAUUGUUGAAGCAGAUUGUACGUUCGCCGAUAAUGCUGCGUCGCUGCCUGACGACGCCGGUGUGGUGGGCGUGCACCACGUUCGUGUACUACGGGCUGUCCAUCAACUCGGUGCGUCUGUCCGGCAACAUGUACCACAACUACGUGCUGACGGCGGGCGCGGAGGUGCCCGGCUACUGGCUGGCGGUGCUGCUGCUGCAGCGGCUGGGGCGCCGCAGCACGCUGCUGGCGGGGUACGUGACGUGCGCGGCGUGCUGCGCGUGCGUGGCGCUGCUGCCGGCGCCGUGGGCGGCCCCGCGGCUGGCCGUGUACCUGGUGGGCAAGUGCAGCAUCGCGCUGGUGUUCACGUCGCUGUACCUGGCCACGUCGGAGCUGUACCCCACGCGCCACCGCCACUCGCUGCUGGGCUGGUCGUCCAUGGUAGGCCGCGUGGGCUCGGUGCUGGCGCCGCUCACGCCGCCGCUCGCGCGCUACUCCGCGCCGCUGCCCGCGCUGCUGUUCGCCGCCGCCGCGCUGCUGUGCGCCGCGCUCGUGCUCACGCAGCCCGAGACCAAGGGAGCCAAGCUGCCCGAUACUAUUGAAGAAGCUGAACGUAUUGGCAGAGACUGAAUAGCUUUUAUAAAUAAAUACUUACUAUUUAUUCAUUA